GAACCUUGGCUGAUUGAAGAAGGCAGAGACGUGAUGGAGGCAAAAUUAGCACAAGCCACUCUCAUGGGGCAGCUCGAGGACUGUCAUAAAACCGCUACGCAAUGUAAACAGUACCAGAAUGAAGCUAAAGAAAAUUCGGCUUUAGAGCGUGUAAUGCACGACAUAGAGACUUUGAAACUCUUAUGGGAAUGCUCUGACGCUUGGGAGACAGUGGUGGAGGAGUGGUACAAGGCUAAUUUUCACACACUACAAUACGAUGCCAUUAACAGUUUUGUCGUUAAGUACCAGGCUGACGUCACGAAACUUCAAAGAGGAUUGCCGUACAACGUCGUCGUCCAAAAACUCGAGGCUAACAUCAAGUCUCUCUCAGAAAAA